UGGAUAUCGAUUACAAUAUAUAUGACGUGUCGAAAACUGAAACGGCGGUGCUGGCUUUUGAGCGAUUUAUAUUUAUUUUCCUAUAGAAUUUAAGCAGCGUGUGAAAGCGCAUACACAUAAUAGGAAAAUGUUAAAGCUUGGUCUGACGUUGCUCUGCUUGCUAGCCGCUUUUGGAGCGACAUGGAGUGCACGCACAGUAGACAGCCACUUGGGACCCAAGGAUCUCACCCGCCUACAGAAAGUCUUCGUCGACGGAUACGGGUCCAGCGACCUGCAGGCCAUCUUCUUCUCCAGCCUUAACAUCCAGCUGACUGACGCCUCCCAGAAAGAACCUCUGUGCAAGAAGUUAGCCACUCUGCAUGCAGAAUCCAAGCUGAACAGCUUCGAGAAGGACUACUAUUACAUUGGCGCUAGCAAAAACUUGGGUUGCUCUGCCAAACUCGAAGAGGCCCUGCUCUCCAAGGUGUAUGCUUCCCUGAACUCUGAACUGGGCAGCAGCCAAGAGAUCUUCUACCGUGUGGUCACCCAUAAAGUUCUUGGCGUUGAAAUCAAUGAGGCCACUCAGACCAAGGUCGUUAAACGGCUCCAGGAACUGCUGAAGAAAGACGACACCCUUAGCGGCCUGGGCUACGCCUUCAAUGUUGCCACUCAGUUGGGUAGCAGCGCUUCUUUCAUUGCCAAUCGUGUUGAGGAUGCUAUUGUACAAGCGGACGAAGUGGACGGCAAACUUUUACAGUUUGAGGGUGGAUUGAGCAUUACUUCGUUGAUCAUCAAUGGAGCCUUUGGAGUGGCUAAGACCUUCAACAAACCAUCGCCGGUGACCGCCGAGCAGGCGGUGAAGUUCGCCAACUAUUUCCUAACCCGCCGUUCCGUGCAGACUGCCAAGGGAGCUCACGUGUUAAUCGAGGCCUUAAAAACUUUAAGCGGAAAUGAAAAGAUUUCCCCGAUUUGCGUGCAACUUAUCGGAAACGGUCAGUUGGAGGCCACGUCGCCCACACUGAAUGUAGCUGUUGUCGAUCUUCUUGGAAAACCAUUGUCUCCCGCUCCCAAAUCCAUUAGUGCCAAGAUUGUGCGCAAGAAGGACAAUGUGGUGCUGACUGAGAAAGUCUCUGUGACUUCAAAAUCCUCCGACAAAACCACCUACGUAGCAGACUUGACCAGCCUGAAACCAGCACGCGGAAUCUACCAGGCUGAGCUAACCGCCGAUGGUGGAUACACCCAGACCCUGAAAUUCAAGGUUCUAGGGCGCGUAAAGGUUCAGUCAUUGGAUGUGGGAAUUGCCGAAUCAGAUGCCAGUGCCGCCACCCGCAAACAGAGUGUAACUUAUCCCGGAAAGCUCUCUGAAGUCCUUUCGGCGGACAGCACCCAGAAGCUGUUGCUGAAGGCCGUUUUGGUUGAGGAGUCCAACGGCAAGCCAUUGACCGUCCAUCAGGCAUUCGUGCGUUUGUUCAACAAGAAAACCGACAAGGAGAUCAUCUAUGUUGCCGAACAGGACAGCAGCAAAGCCUACAAGUUUGACAUGGAUGUUGGCCACAACGGCAAGAACUUCAACUACCAGAGCGGUGUCUACAGUAUUUACUUAACCGUUGGUGAUGCUUCCCUGUCUAACUCCUUCGAGUGGCUGGUUGGAGAAGUGCAACUGAAGUUCAACGAGGAGAAGGAAGUCAAGCCAAAGACUACAUCGGGUCCUCUGCCUGAGAUUGUACACCAGUUCCGCGUUCCCGACAAGCGUCCACCUCGCAUUGUGUCCGACAUCUUCACUGGACUAUGCAUCACCCCAUUGGUGCUACUCUUCGUCUUCUGGGGAAAACUGGGCAUUAACGUGUCCAACCUGACCCUGGCACCCAGCACAAUCGGUUUCCACUUAGGCUUUGGUGGCAUCCUGGUGCUCUUCUUUGUUUUUUGGCUGCAACUUAACAUGUUCCAGACGCUGCGCCUGCUGAUCCCAAUCGCAGUAUUCACAUUCCUCGCCGGCAACCGAUUGCUGAGGCGUCUCUAUGCACAACGCAACUCGAAGGCGAGCGCCUCGUAAGUCCGUUCAAAAAAUUUAAAACUGAGUUACUCUCUGUCUUGCAACUUCAUCAGGCAUGCAAAGUUUAAUAAAGCGAUUUAGUUAAGUCAAAACAAAAAACACA